AUGGCACCCAGUGUGCACUAUCACUGUCCAUGUCUCUCUAAUUCUACGACGCCUCCUCCGCCUCAUCUCCCUUCUUCGUCUUACAGCUUUCACCCAUUGCACACUCUUUUCUUUUGUGAAGAAUGCGACGCGGUGCGUUGCAACCGCUGUGUCUCUGUCGAGGUCAGCACAUAUUAUUGCCCAAAUUGCCUCUUCGAGGUCCCGAGUGCCAGUGUGAGGGCCGAAAAGAAUAGGUUCUACCUUUUUGUACACAAAAUGCCAUGUAACGUGCUGACGCGACGCAGAUGCGCCCGGAACUGCUUUAUGUGUCCAAAUUGCCGCAAUACCCUUUCAGUCGUACCCUCAGAUCCACCAGAGUCUGGCGACGGUCGACUUGCGGUUCCGAUAAGCACAGUUGGUGAACCCCCGUUUUUCCUUUACUGUAACCAUUGCAGAUGGGAUUCAGCCGAGGUGGGAAUCACCUUUGAGAAGCCAACCGGUCUUGCUGCACAACUACAAAAGUUCGAAGACUCUGCCCCCGAUUCGCUGGAGUUUGAGCGUCUGAAGGACCAUUUUGAACCUUUCAUACGUGCAUCAUCGCUUUCCUCUUCCACCACCAGCCACGCGGUUGCUCAUCCGAGCAGCGCCGCUCACUCACAUCAUCUUCACUCCAAUUCCAUCACAGCCGCUGCAUCUGCCGCCUUGGCCCGCGACAUUCCGGGGGUAGGCAAGUACAACCCCCUUGCAAGAAGUACGUCCAGUAGAGGUAUCGGUGUAAGUGGUCGGGACAGGAGUGUGAACAAGGAUGAGAUGGCAGAGUAUCGCAGUCGGGUUGAGAUCGCGAAAGCCAGUGUUGUCGGUACAGGAGGAGGGGAUGCGGACGUCGAAUUUAUGAGGCAUCUGGAGAAUGUCAGCGAGGUAGCAAGCUUGGAUCAACGAUGGGAAAAUAGUUGGGUUACUUCAUUACAAACAAGCGACUUGAAACCUCUGCGCAUACCCCUCCACUCCAAAAGGUCAAAGCGGUGUCCAGCUUGUACACAUAUCCUCAUCAAGCCUGAGCAGAAGGCUCAGUCCGUGCGGUAUAAAAUCAAACUUGUUGCGGCUAACUAUCUUCCAGCGAUCACAGUCGCACUUCCUCAUGCGCAAAAGGCACUUACUGAAGCUGCUAAACGGACACUCGGAAAAUCGACAUCCGCCGUGGAGGACGACAAGACCCCUGCCACAGGAAUGGUUGCUGGGAAGACAUAUCCCUUUCAUUUGGCUUUGACGAAUCCUCUAUAUGACCCCAUUCAAGUAAGACUGUCUCCUCAAAGACUCAACAUAUCGACGGCUCCUUCAAAAGAUGGUCCUCCGGAGAAAGCUCGUCGACCUCCUUUCGUAAUAUCGCUACCUACGUCUACCUUCCCCAUUGCGGCUUUUGCAGAGGCUUGGGAAUAUGAUGAUGACGAGGACAUGUUUGGCGUAGAGGAGGGAGAUGAUUUUGGAAUUAGAGGUGGCGCCAGGGAAAAGGAUGGCAGGUCAACCAGGUCGAAGACGGUUGGCGUUUUGGAGAAAAGGGCAAAUGUUACGAUUGUAGGCGGGGAGGUUGUCAUUGGGAAGGAGGCGCAAGGAAAUGUCAAGUUUAACACUCUUGUUUCAUACACAUACCGUUCGGAUGAUCCAGCUCCGUCGGAGAGUAAUGACGGCGAUGGACCGUCGAUACCCCAAGGCAAUAAACCUCCGGAGGUCAAGACAUUCGCCUUCUACACCGUCAUUGACUUAGGACCGAUAAUACCACGCGAGGAUUCUAAGUCAGUCCCAGAUGUCUAG